AGCAGCCCCAGCCCGCCCGGGCGGCCGCCGCCCCGCUGCCCCCGCUGCCCGCCCGCGCCGCUCGGGGAGGCGGGAGGAGCCCGCCGAGGGGUCGGUCCCGCCGCUGCCGGCAGCAACUUUGCCGCCCCGGCCGUCCCCGCCGCGGCGCGGCGAUUGACCCCGGCAAGAGUUUUGCAAAAGCUCUUAAACACCCUAAGCCGCGCGCAGCAACCUGUUUUCUCCGAGGUUGCUGGAGAGUAGGAAUUAGGGCUUGCGAUUAUCCGGAGAGGGGAGGUGUUUUCCACAAGGGACCGAUAAAGCCGCCAACUGCCCGCGGCGACGGGAGGAUGUAAAUAGGCAGCACGAGGCCGGUGCGGCUGCUGGCGAGGAGGCAGCGGUCCGGGGAAAGGGCGGAGCGCCGGAGGGGGGUCCUCCCGGCGCUGCACUUGCUACAUUAACGCGGCGCGUCGGAGACGGCGGCACAACUUUCCGGGUCUGCCCCGGGAGGCGGCCAGAAGAGCCUCCCCCCCGCUCCGCUCGCCGCGCCCCCAGCGCCGGCCGCUUCCCGCGGCGGACCCCGGCGGCAGCGGCGUAGCGGCUGCGCCCGCCCCGGCGAGGCGAGGCGAGGCGAGGCGGGCCGUCCCCGGGCACCGGGCGGGCAUGCCGCCCGCUGCCAGCCCCGCCGAGCGCGGCGACCGUCGCCUCUGAAGGGGAGCGGGUGAGCCCCGCCGCCUCCCGGCCAUGCAGCCCCUCCGCGCUCCCCUCGCCCUGCUCUGCCAGGUGCUGGGCGCCUGGGCCGCCUGCGCCCUGGCCCCCGCGGCCGCCGGGCCGCCGGCGCCCCCGCAGCGCGCCCGCUCGCCGCCAGCCCCGACGCCCCUCGCCCCGGGCCGGCGGGCGGCCGCGGCUCUCCCCGGGCGCGGAGCCCUCCCCCCGGCGGGGGCCGGGCGGCGGCGGCCGCGGAGCAGCGAGCGCGGAGCCGGCGCGGCGGCGGGCGGCCCCCGCUGGCUGCCCCUGAACGGCUCGGCCGGCGGCGGGGGCAGCGCCGGGGCCCGCGGCAACGCCACGGGGCGCCGCGCCCGCCUCCGCAACCCCUUCUACCCGCUGACCGAGGAGUCGUACGGCGCCUACGCUGUCAUGUGCCUCUCCGUGGUGAUCUUCGGCAUCGGCAUCAUGGGCAACAUGGCAGUGAUGUGCAUCGUCUGCCACAACUACUACAUGCGGAGCAUCUCCAACUCCCUGCUGGCCAACCUGGCCUUCUGGGACUUCCUCAUCGUCUUCUUCUGCCUGCCGCUGGUCAUCUUCCAGGAGCUCACCAAGAAGUGGCUCCUAGAAGACUUUUCCUGCAAAAUCGUCCCCUACAUCGAGGUGGCCUCCCUCGGAGUCACCACCUUCACGCUCUGCGCCCUCUGCAUCGACCGAUUUCGCGCCGCCACCAACGUGCAGAUGUAUUACGAGAUGAUCGAAAACUGCACCUCGACGACGGCCAAGCUGGCUGUCAUCUGGGUGGGCGCGCUGCUGCUGGCCCUGCCCGAGGUCGUGCUGCGCCAGCUGGCGAAGGAGGACCCCGAAUACAGCGGCAGCCCCCCGGGGGAGCGCUGCGUGGUGAAGAUUUCCACCGCGCUGCCCGACACCAUCUAUGUGUUAGCCCUCACCUACGAUGGGGCAAGACUCUGGUGGUACUUUGGCUGCUAUUUUUGUCUGCCUACCCUUUUCACUAUUACCUGCUCCCUGGUAACAGCGAGGAAAAUCAGGAGGGCGGAAAAGGCUUGCACAAGGGGGAACAAGCGACAAAUUCAGCUGGAAAGUCAGAUGAACUGCACGGUGGUGGCUUUGACCAUUUUAUAUGGGUUUUGCAUCAUUCCUGAAAACAUUUGCAACAUUGUGACUGCCUACAUGUCCACAGGGGUCUCUCGGCAGACUAUGGACCUCCUCCAUCUCAUUAGUCAGUUCCUUUUGUUCUUUAAGUCCUGUGUUACCCCAGUUCUCCUUUUCUGUCUCUGUAAACCUUUCAGCCGGGCCUUUAUGGAGUGUUGCUGUUGCUGCUGCGAUGAGUGCAUCCAGAAGUCUUCAACAGUGACAAGUGAUGACAAUGACAAUGAGUACACCACAGAACUGGAGCUCUCCCCUUUCAGUACCAUCCGUCGUGAAAUGUCCACUUUUGCCUCCGUGGGGACUCACUGUUAAUUGACUUUAUUUCAUGUAUCUUUUUUCUUUUUCUUGUUUUUUUUUUUUUUUUUUUUUUUUUUUUUUUACUUCAUAUUUUUCUUCUUGAAGCAAAAUGCAGGAAAAAAAAAAUAUUCUUGAAAACUACUCUGGAAACCAGUCUGCAUAUUGACAGUCAUGCUUUGGAAUAGAAUUUGUUUGGUUAUUAAAAUGAAAGAAAGAGAAAGAAGGAGAGCCAGCACACAGUUUUAAAUCAUGAUAUUUUGUAUGGUGCUAGGAUUUUAUUGUUUGGGGAGAAAAAUCCAUAUCAAUCCACUUUUAUUUAAUUCCAUAAUAUUUUUUUGAUAAUCACUGUAAAAUGAUUAUGUAGACAUCGUGGGUUUUGCAAGAUGUUUCAUGUAAAAGAUGUGGUGGAAAGUAUUUGAAGGUAGUUUUAAUCCAGUUACUAUACACUAUUGUGAGAGGACUUGGACUUCAGAAAAUUUAUAAAUUAGCAUAAAAAUAAAUGAGGUUUUAUUCUUUAACUUCACUGUCAAUCUGCAUAUAACAAGGACACCUAUAAGUAGCAUUAAAUUGCUUUAAUAAGUAAAAAAAAACUUUGCUUUGCAUAAAAUAAUUUAAAUGGCCAUAUUUAAUUUGCCAUUCGUGUACUUACCCUCAGAGGCUAUAAUUACAGUGUUUAAGGAAGAUGGUUAUAAUGGUAUUAGAUUUACAUGAGUGGGUUUUUUUAAUGCUUAAUACAAAGGUUUGAUGUGCCUCAUUGAAAAUUUCCUUCUUAACCUGAAGGUAUACAAAACCUGGUAUUUUAUACUUCUUACAAAGAAAGAUUUGCUUUCUCACUAAAUUUUGUCUUGUGUGGUUUCAAAAUCAAGUUUCUUUCCAAUUUGUUACUUGUUUUGCAUUGAGCUUAUGUCCUCAGUCUCUGUAUAUAUAGCUCCUGCUGGCUUCAGUGAGAGUCCCAUUGCAGAGGAAGGCAUUCUUUUGCUAGAGGUUUGCUGACAAUAAAUGUGAGGGACUGAAAUAUGUGGAGAGUGAAUUCCUUCUUUUUUAAUAGGUAUAAACACACUUGGAUGCUUGGGGCUUGACCCAGAGCCCGUUGCAGUCAAUGGAAGGGGUUUCCAUCAAUUUCAGAGGGCUUUGGAUCAGGCUGGCAUCUCCCAUUUAUUCUGGGAUAUGUAACAUGAAUAUUAAUCACGGGGGCUCUGUAUACUGAUUAUAAAUCGUGCUGCUCUCACAGAGACUGCUAUUCACUAGCACCUCACAGCUCUGAAGCUGUUUUUGAGAACCACAGUGUGUUUUGCUGACGGCUUCUUGCUGUCUGCAGAGUUAUUAAAAUGAGGGUAUGGCAACACUGCCAGCAACAGUGCGAUAUAGUAAAAUCUAAAGUUGCUACAAGCAAGUCAGAUUGGAGACUGGAAACUGCCUAUCUGUACCAGCAGAGCUUAUUUGCCCCACUUCUUGGCUGAAGUAGACAGACUGUUCUUGGCAGGCAAGCUGGCUCAUAUUUACGCUGGGCAGUGGGCUGAAGUGUAGACACAUGCUAAGGAACUGGAUUUGUUAUAAUUAGCUUAUAUUUUAAUACUAAUUAAAUAAAUAAUGCAAUUGUAAUAGUAUGUGCAGAAGUAAAAUCACAUGCAUUUGUCCUUUGAAAUUAACAGUGAUUGUAACUGCUGUAGUCUAACUUCCCAAUACCUGCCUCUAAAUACCUUAAAGAACUUGAUGUAACUUCUGAAAAGUCUAUUUUUUUAUUUGUAGAUUCUGGACUUAAUAUGUUUAAUCUUUGUAUCUGCCUGGGCAAACAGUAUUUCUUCUUUUUCUUUACCAUUUUAAUCUGUAACAAUUUCAACUGAAAAGCAGUUGAAAUUAAUCUGAGUAUGAAUCUGGAUAUAUAUGCACUUGAGUUCUUUUUCUCACAUUUGAAUUAGACAUUGGGCCCUAGCAAAGCAGUCUGCUUUAAGCACAGGCCUAUAUUUAAAUAUUUGUUUCUGUUUAGGACUUGCUAAAUUGCCUAAGUUUUUUUAUAUCCUUUUGUAACAUGGUCAAUCACUUCUGAAGACAGAGGAACUGUCCCUUCUUUAUAAACCCUUCACUGACUUCACAUUGCUUGAUUACAUUUAAUAAAGUAUGAAAGGGAUUAAAGAGUAAAGAUAAAAACAAAAUCUC